GACACAAUGGCAUUGGGGACUGCGGAAGAGAGGAGGCGCCCCCCACCCCCCUGGAUGGACAGCACAUCCAGAGCAUUCUCAGAGGUGACGCCGGUGACCCUCCAAAGUCUUUUAGGAAGCACAGGCUUUCUCAAAGGCAGUGGGAUGAAAAUCACGUCCCACUCUGCACAGUCUGGGGACACUUGGGGAGUCUCGCAUCACCGGACCGGGGUGGCUGCUACAGCCCCUUCCUUAUGUAAGAGCCCAGAGGGGCUGGUGCAUGGCAUGCCCUGCCAUGCCAACGGCAGGCCCCCCAGGCAGGAAGAGUCAAAACCCAUCAGGAAUCUUGUGCUGUUUCCUCACAGAUGGAGAAUGAAAUGGAACCGUCUCACUUGGUGGGUACUGAGGAUUCAGUGCAGCAUCAACAGCACAGGAACCGCAAAAACACAGAUAUGAAAAUGCUUAAAAACCGAGAAACGCGCCUUCCAGACUACCAGAGUUACCUUCCUCAAGUCUGCUCUGACCAGGCUAUUCCUCGAAUCCCAGGACCUUUGGCGCCAUGGAGCCCAGACUUCCUUCCCCUGGCACUUGUUGGUCCCAACCCAGCUUUCCAAACUCACUUCCCUGCACCCGGCCUCCGUUCCGUCCAGACCAGACCAUGGCAGUCCUCUCCUGCCCCCACGCCUUUGCGAUGCUCAGUCUGCCUGCCGGAUUCCCACCAGCCUUCAUGACCUAAGCACCUACUACCCAGAGGUUCUCAGGGAAGUACAGGGGACACUGCUUGAUAGGGAGAGCCCUCUAUGGUCUGCUGGGGAACGGGUACAAGUAACCAUUCAAAGCAAGGACAUAAAAAGGAUGCAGGAGAGGACAGAAUGAAUGAUCCUCUAGGCACACUCCCUCAGUGAGAAGAGGGGGCAGGGCCUUAACCUCAGAGGACCCCACACUCACCCAGACCAGCUGGGAAGGGCAGGAAGUGAGCGGCCCAGCCCUGAGGGCUGCAAAGCCUCAGUCCCUCCCAACUUCCCAGACAGAGAAGAGCAGAGUCUGCUAUCCCCUCACCUACAGACAUAACCCUCUCCUCAGGAGGCCCCCUAAUCAUGUCAGAGCCCCCCAACAACAUGGCUCCGUCGCCUUGCCUGCGGCUGCCGUCCUCACAGCGCCUUUCAAUGAGCCAACAGGAGAAGGCAAGUCUGCUGUGCAGCAGUGUAAACUUCCAAUAUCAAAGAGCCACUGUAGCUCCAAUAAGGCUCAUCCCUGGGCCCAGUCUAUUUUCACUCCCUCCAGUAUCAGUGAGGAGAAAGGACGGGUCUCACCCUCCUCAGGAGGCCACCAAGAUGGAAGGGAAGAUGCAAACAGAAAGGAGGCCAGCGAGGACGUGGGAGGGGAGGGCUGCCAAAGCCGGGCCAAACUGGGGUAGACUGGAGGUAGAGCUGACCAGACUUAGCAACUUAUCCAACGUGGAGGGGAAGGCAGCGCCACAAACAGAAAUGGCCAAGGCUGGAGAAGAGCUGGGUUUGCGGGGAGACAGGAUAAGGACUGUUCUGGAUACCAGCAUGACUGGAACAUCCACGUAUGUGCUCAUCUACCCAUACGGGCACGCUGUCACCUGCAGAGCUGCACUGGCUGAGCACAGGAGCGCUGAGCACAACUUCAAGGACGGCACACACCAAGAAGAGUGGAGGGUCCAGGACCCACCCUCAGGGCAUGCUCACACGAGCGGAGAGGGACAAGGGCUAAGGAGGUACCAUCAGGUGGGCAGAAGAAUGAAGAAAAGACAGCAUCCCGGAGUCCAAGGAGAACCUGGACGCGCAUAUGUGCAUAUGGCCACACCCAACUACACAAGGCAGACACAAGCUAACCUGGGGGAAAGGCACCAGAGGUUGGGGGGUGGGAGAUGGUGUGAGGAGGCAGAGGCCGAGGCUGAGGCCCCAUGCAGGAGCUGGAGCUGAGGGUUCCUGAGACUGGCUGGGACAACACCCUCUGAGGCCAGAACGUGGCCCUGGAGGGGCCUACUGUGCAGAAGAAGGACUCCUUUGAUCUCCCAGGCCCUCCCAGAUCUAAACCCCACAACCCCAAGGCGGCCCUCUGCCACUGUCCUUCAGGGUCCCCACAAAUGACUUUGGCAUCAGGCUGUCCCCCAGCCCUGGGGCCGGCCGACGGGUCAGACAGACCCACCAAGGCUCCUGAGAUGCGCUGUGGGGCUUUCACUGUCCCAUCCUUCUCACGAUGCUGAGGAAGGCCACAGCGGGACCCAAGGUCAAGAGAAACCAAAAGCCACACAGAAGACAA